AUGCUGUGGCGGAGUGGCAAGCAGUACGUCGCCAAGAUGCGAGGUAUCGACGACCUUGCGCGGCUCAAGGAGGUCAACCCUGCCUUGGACAUGCUUCUCUGCGACCGAAAGAUCAUGGCCGCGCGGGCCCAAGACGCGACGCUCGGGCAAGCAAAGCGCCGGAUCCUACUCUGGUCUUUUGUGAGCUGCUUCCUCGGCAUUUCGCUUCUCAGUCUGCUGCAGUACAACACGCGUCUAUACCUCUACCCGAGCGACAUCAAGGCCACGAGCUUGGUUGGGUCGUUUGGUGCGACCGCCGUCCUCGUCUUUGGCGGCGUCGACGCGCCAUUCGCCCAGCCUCGGAGUAUCAUUGGCGGGCACGUGCUCUCGGCCACGAUCGGCGUGAGUAUCGCCAAGGCGAACCUGAGCGGCGACUACAUGUGGCUCGCCUGCGCGCUCGCCGUGUCGCUUUCCUUGGUCGCCAUGCAGCUCACCGACACGAUGCACCCGCCUGGCGGCGCGACGGCCCUCCUCGCCGUCAUCUCGCCGCCGGCGGUGCGCAACCUCGGUUUCUUCUACGUCGUCUCGCCCAUCUUGAUUGGCAGCUGCGUACUCGUGGCGGUCAGCGUCCUUGUCAACAACGUACAGCGCCAAUACCCGCGGUACUGGCUUCGUGCAGCGUAG